AUGCAUGCUUAUGAAGAGGCUGAAUGGAUUCUUUAUCCUGUUUCGAUAAUUCAUUAUUCAUGCACUGGCCAAGUUGUAAACGGAUUAAUUAGCUCCACAAAAAGAGACAAUUUCAACAUUCCAGUUUAUGCACCAAGCUUGCAAGACUUCAAGGAAGUCGUUGAAGAAAAUGGUUCAUUUGUGAUAAACAAGCUUGAGGUAUUCAAAGGAGGAAGUCCCCUUGAUUUGAACAAACCAGAUGAUGCUAAUGAAGUAGGAAGGGCUCUAGCCAAUAGCUGCAGGACUGUAUGCGGAGUCCUUGUUGAUGCUCACAUUGGUGAUAAACUAAGUGAGGAACUCUUCGUUAGAGUGGAGCGCCAAGCCGCUAACCGUGCCAAGGAGCUUUUGGAGAAACUACAGUUCUUUCACAUAGUUGCAUCUCUUUCUUUUGCUCAAUGA